UGUGGGGAUUUAGUGCUGGAAUCUGAAGUGGUGUCUAGUUCAUGCUGAAUCUUUCAAUUCAAAGAUGAUAAUAUGAUGAAUGAAGGAAUCUGAUGGGAGAUUAGUGCAAUAAUUGAUGAUUGUGCUCAAAACUCAAUUCUUAUAAGGAUUUGUAAAUCCAUGGGCGUCGUCCGAAGACCAACUCUACAUCGUUGACUUCUCUCUUUCCCGCGGCUUUGGCCGCCCCUAAUGGAAACGCAUAAAGUAUCAAUAAUAAACAAUAAGGAUUCAGACGAGAGCUCCUUCUCCGCGUAACUUCGCCGCAGAAACCACGCAUCUCUUUUUCUCUCUCCGCAUAUAUUCUCCCCGUUUCUCCUUUUGCCUUGUUACAACAAUCGAUUAAGGCAGGGAGAGGAAAAGCUAAACGUCGAAUCAAACUGCUCUUGAGAACUCGCUAAUUAUCGAUGGAGGUCGAAGGUUUUCAAGCUCAAUUCCUUCCCACAGAUCGAAGAUUCGAUGCCUUAGGUGACCUUAGGGUUCUUCCUGAUGAAAUUCUCUGCGCUAUAUUGACCUCUCUCACUCCUCGCGAUGUCGCUCGCCUCUCUUGCGUUAGCAGUGUGAUGUACAUUUUAUGCAAUGAAGAACCACUAUGGAUGAACCUCUGCCUCAACAAUAUAAAUGGCCCACUUAAGUAUGAUUUAGGUUGGAAGAAUACAACAUUAAAACACUUAGACUUGCUGAAGGAAAGUCAUGAACCUCGACAAAUGGUGCUGAGAUCAGAUGGGUUCAAUUCACUGUUCCUUCUUAGAAGAUACUACAGGUGCCAUACCACUUUGGCUGGUUUCUCUUUUGACCAGGGAAAUGUGGAAAGGAAGGAGGAUAUUUCACUAGAGAAUUUUCAGGAUGAGUUUGAUGGAAAGAAACCGGUUUUGCUUACUGGCUUGGCUGAAAGUUGGCCUGCAAGGCAUAUGUGGACAGUUGACAAGCUAAUAAAGAAUUAUGGUGACACAACUUUAAGGAUCUCUCAGAAGAGUGCCAAGAAAAUCAGCAUGAAAUUUAAGGACUAUGCCUCAUACAUGAAUAAUCAACAUGAUGAAGAUCCUCUAUAUAUUUUUGAUGAUAAGUUUGGUGAGGUUGCACCAGGGUUGUUGGAGGACUACAGCGUCCCUCAUCUGUUUAAAGAAGAUUAUUUUGACGUACUGAGUUUAGAAAAUCGGCCUGCUUUCAGAUGGCUCAUAAUUGGACCAGAGAGGUCUGGAGCCUCUUGGCAUGUUGAUCCUGCUCUUACUAGUGCCUGGAACACUCUUCUAUGUGGCCGUAAAAGGUGGGCACUAUAUCCUCCAGGAAGGGUACCUCUUGGAGUGACUGUACAUGUGAAUGAAGAAGACGGUGAUGUCAAUAUCGAUACUCCACCAUCACUGCAGUGGUGGCUGGACUUUUAUCCACUUCUUGCUGAUGAAGACAAACCUAUAGAGUGUACCCAACUGCCUGGCGAGACUAUAUUUGUACCCAGUGGAUGGUGGCACUGUAUAUUAAAUCUGGAAACCACUAUUGCCGUAACUCAGAAUUUUGUGAAUUCAAAGAACUUUGAAUUUGCAUGCCUUGAUAUGGCUCCUGGUUAUCAACAUAAAGGAGUUUGCCGAGCUGGAAUGCUUGCCCUUGAGGAUGGGGAUGAUGGAAUGCUUAUGGACAGCUCAGACAUAGCUAGGGAAGGAAAAAGAAUGAGAAUGUGCAAAACUUCAGAGGAGAAAAUCCAUCAUGACACAAGUAGGACCAACGGAAAAUACAAUUCUUCUCGAGAUAACUUUGCUUAUGACAUCAACUUCCUAGAGAUGUUUUUGGAUAAAAAUAAGAACCAUUAUAGUUCUCCUUGGAGCUCGGGUAACUGCUUUGGACCGCGAGAAAUGAGAGAGUGGUUAUACAAGCUUUGGGUGGGAAAACCAGGAAUGAGAGACCUAAUAUGGAAGGGUGCCUGCAUUGCACUGAGUGCAGAUAGAUGGCAUGAAUGCUUGAAAACAAUUUGUCCCUUCCAUGGGUUACCAGUCCCUACAGAUGAUGAAAGGUUUCCUAUAGGCAUGGGCAGUAAUCCUGUGUAUCUCAUUGCUGAUAAUGUAGUUAAACUCUAUGUUGAAGGAGGGUUUGAAGCAUGUCUUUAUGCUUUAGGAACGGAGCUUGAAUUCUACAGUCUUCUAUGCAAAGUUAAAUCCCCCCUUGUAAAUCACAUACCUCUUGUUGUGGGAAGCGGGUUUAUAUAUAUGGAGAAUGAAUCAUAUAAAAUAGUAUCGUGGAAUGGAAGAGGUAUUCCUGAAAUGAUAACAAACACAGUGAUUUCCGAGCAGUCAUCUGAAGAUGAAUUUCCUUUUGGAGUAUGGAAUAGAAGUAAAUAUCUAUGUAGAGAAGCAGGAACAUCACUGUAUGAAUCAAGUCAUGAUGGUGAAUACCCAAAUAUAUGGCCCUAUAUUAUCACCAAAAGAUGCAAAGGAAAAAUAUUUGCUGAUUUGAGGGAUACACUUUCAUCAAAAGAUACUUUGAAUUUAGCUUCUUUUCUUGGAGAACAACUUCAUAACCUUCAUGUGCUACCUUGCCCUUCCUUACAUCCUUCAACUUUAAAUCACAGUUCCAAUGAUACCUUUAACAUAGCACCGGAAUGGAUGUUAUUCAUUCAUACAUUAGACCAGAGAAAGACUGAUGUCUCUACCCGAUUGAAAAAAUGGGGUGAUCCAAUUCCCAGCUUUCUCAUAGCUAAAGCCGAAGAGUACCUUCCCACUGAUUUGACUCAGUUGCUGAACUUAUCCAAGGAUGGGAAGGUUAGUAGACCAUGCUCCUGGAUACAUUCUGACAUAAUGGACGACAAUAUACAUAUGGAAGAAGAAGGUUCCGCAAGUUCUUGCCCAUUGAAUGGCAAUAUUGAUAAUAACGUGGAGGAGCAAACAUCAUGGAGACCUAGUUUCAUUCUUGAUUUUAGUGAUCUUUCUAUAGGUGAUCCCAUUUUUGAUAUAAUUCCAAUCUAUCUCGAUGUCUUUCGUGGAGAUCCUUAUCUUCUAAAAAGGCUUUUAGACAGCUACAAACUUCCAUUAUCAAUAUCCUCGUCGUGUGAUCAGUCAGCCAAGGAUAAGUUUGGACGACUCUCUUAUGUAGCCAUGUGUUAUUGUAUUUUGCAUGAAGAUAAUAUAUUGGGGGCAAUCUUUAGCAUGUGGAAGGAACUUAGAGAAGCAAAAUCAUGGGAGGAAGUUGAAGAAAGAGUAUGGGGAUAUUUAAAUGAAUAUAAAGCUCUCAAUAAUUGAUAAAUCAUCUUCUUCCAUUAAUUCUUUUUUCCAUGUAUUAUUUUAUUUAUUUACAUUAUUAGUCUGAAUAAAUGCCUCCUUAUAUGAACCUU